GCGUCCCGCAGCUGCGCUGACGAAUUGCUGAUCCAGCCGGAGAAGAAGCCUUUGUUCGUGAAGUACGGUCUCAAUCACGCCGUCGCCCUCAUUGAGGCCAAGAAGGCGUCGCUUGUCGUCAUCGCCCACGACGUCGACCCCAUUGAGCUGGUUGUCUUCCUUCCCGCCCUCUGCCGCAAGAUGGGUGUCCCCUACGUCAUCGUCAAGGGCAAGGCCCGCCUCGGCACGGUCGUCCACAAGAAGACCGCUGCUGUCCUCGUCCUCCAGGACGUCAAGAGCGAGGACCAGCGCGAGCUCGCCACCCUCGUCAGUGCCGCCAAGGCUAACUUCACUGACAAGUACGAUGAGCAACGCCGCCAGUGGGGUGGAGGCAUCCGUGGUGCGAAGUCGACACAGAUGCUCCGCAAGCGGGCCAAGGCUGCGGGCCAGACACUCUCCGUCGCGAACGCGCAGAAGCUCUAA